CCCUUCAGCACCUUCUCAGCUUUGCCCCAAACAGUUCCAGUGCUACAAUCCAAAGCUAAAGCUAGGGUUUUAGGAUUCAUCCAAAAGAAAUUACAGAAGUUUUCCAGGAUAGCAUGGCUGAUGAACCCAGAUCGACCUCAUUGAAUGAGAACACAAAUGUUGUAUCUGAGAGUUGCAAGCGGGGAGGUGAUUUUGAGGAUGCGGACUCCGUAUUGGUUGUCAAGAAGUUAAAAACUGAGGCAUUGAGUGUGGAAAAUGCGAAGGAAGUAGGGAAAAGCCAUUUAGACGUGGCAAGUUGUCAAGAAGACUGCAAACCAGAAGUUUCUAAUCAAGGAAACAAUGACAGUCAGGUGUGUGAGCAGAAUGGUUGUUCGCAGGAGAAGCAAAGUGCGAGGAAAGAGCAUUUUGAGAUUGAAGCGGAUGCUGCAGAAGAUAAGGGUUCUAGGCACAGCAUGGAGGAUGCAUGGGUUGUGCUUCCUGAUGCAAGCUUGGAAUUUCCAGGGAAAUUGAGAUGCGCACAUUUUGCAAUCUAUGAUGGACAUGGUGGUAGGUUAGCUGCUCAGUAUGCCCAGAAGCAUUUACAUGCAAAUGUUCUUUCGGCAGGCUUACCACGUGAGUUGUUGGAUGUUAAAGCUGCCAAAAAGGCCAUACUAGAUGGUUUUCGAAGAACUGAUGAGAGUCUUCUUCAAGAAAGUUUGGCAGGGGGAUGGCAGGAUGGUUCAACAGCUGUAUGUGUUUGGAUAUUAGGACAAAAGGUUUUUGUUGCCAACAUUGGAGAUGCAAAAGCAGUUGUAGCACGAUCAUCUACCACCGAUGGAUCAGAGAAUCAGUCAGAUGGAGUAAGUCAAUUAAAGGCCAUUGUUUUGACAAGGGAACACAAAGCCAUCUAUCCACAAGAACGUGCUCGCAUUCAGAAGGCUGGUGGGUCUGUGAGUUCAAAUGGACGAUUGCAGGGACGCCUUGAAGUUUCUAGGGCCUUUGGAGAUCGCCAGUUCAAAAAGGUGGGUGUUGUUGCUACUCCAGAUGUUCAUUCCUUUGACCUCACAGAAAGAGAACACUUCAUUAUUCUUGGCUGCGAUGGCCUGUGGGGGGUUUUUGGACCUAGUGAUGCUGUUGAUUUUGUUCAUAAAAUGUUGAAGGAGGGCCUACCUGUUGCAACUGUGAGUCGCCGUCUUGUAAGGGAAGCUGUCCGUGAGCGGCGCUGCAAAGAUAACUGUACUGCAAUUGUCAUUGUUUUCAGGCCCAAGUAGUUACAAAAUGCAACUGACUUCAUGCUAAAAUGAAAAUUUUUGUUGCUGGAUGUCAUGCAAAGUGAGGCUCUGCUCUUUGGUUUUGUGUACCACAAAUGUUGCUCUUGUCCUGUUUAUUUCUGCCUAAUGUUAUGGCAGGUCAGGAACCCCAACUCCCUACAGUUGAAGCAGUUCAAUUUGUAUUCUCGGUGUCAAAAAACUGCUAGGUGUUUCCGGUAUGGGCAUGGUGAUCUACUUCUUGUUUUCUGCUGUAGUUCUCAUAUAUAGAAAUUAUCUGGAAAGGUAGUCCAACUACAGUUCAUGGUAUGAUUUUUUUUUUA